AUGGCUUCCAUACCUGUUCUACUCCUCCUGCUUGUUUUCCUACUUUCUGAAUACGCAAACGCUCAACGCAACCACACCAACAAGAUAUCCUUAGGCUCUUCGCUUUCCCCGAAAGCAAACCGUACUUCAUGGCUCUCACCUUCUGGCCAUUUUGCAUUUGGUUUUUACCCACAUGGUGAUGGCUUUGCCAUCGGCGUUUGGCUGAUUAAUCAAACUGAGAAAAUAGUCACCUGGACGGCCUAUCUAGAUUAUCCACCUGUCUACCCAAAUGCUACACUGCAACUAACCAGAGAUGGUCUACAGCUUCGAAUUGGAGCAGCCAAUGUGAGUACAUACAUUGCUGAUGCGCCUCCAGGCGAGACGGCUUCAGCUGCGACGCUUGAUUCCGGAAAUUUUGUGCUCUACAACGAUUCUGAUGUUAUCUGGCAAACCUUUGAUUAUCCUACCGAUACCAUAUUAGGAGGUCAGAAUCUGUCUACUGGCAAUGAAUUAGUUUCGAGUGUGUCUAAGUCAGACCAAUCGAGUGGUCAAUUUUAUCUUUAUAUGCAGUAUGAUGGAAACCUUGCUGCCUACCCUGUAAAAAGCUCGGGUCUACCAUAUGACAUUUUCUGGUCUUCUGGAACAAACAACAGCGGUACCGAUGUAAUGCUGACUCUUAGUCGUUCAGGCGUUCUAUCCCUACGCGGAGAUAGUUUGGGCGGACGCAUUUUGGCAAGUAGCCACUAUUCUGACAAGAAAAAUGGAUCUAUUAUCUACCGCGCAACACUUGAUGCGGAUGGGAUAUUUAGAUUGUAUUCACACCACUUUGAGAGCAAUAAUAGCUCAAGUAUGUUGGUGGAAUGGUCGUCGUUGGCUAACCAGUGUGAAGUCAGCGGUUUCUGUGGAUGGAGCAGUUACUGCUCAGGCGUGGGCGCCAACAAUGGUCCCUGCAAGUGUUAUCCUGGAUUUGAUUUCGUCAACUCCAGCAAUAAGUUCCUGGGCUGCUACAAGAACUUCAAUGACAAUAGUUGCAGACGCAGUGAACAUCCAGCGAUGCUGUACCGCAUCGUUCCUUUGGAAAACAUAUUGUGGGGUGAUUAUCCUUACUCAUCGGUACAAAUGAAGAAGAACGAUUGCGGCAUGUCUUGCUUGGAAGAUUGUAAUUGCGGAGCCGUAUUAUAUAUGAGUGGUGCUUGCAACAAAUAUAAACUUCCACUUAGAUAUAGUAGAGCAAGUAAAAACAUAUCAGCUAUGGCUUUCUUCAAGGUGAUUCUGAAAAAUAUUACAACCCCUCCAAUCCCCUUGCCUCCAGAAAUCUUUGGUCCAAAGAUCGAAAGGAAAAGAGGUCUGAUUUUGAUUCUUGCCAUAACCUUGGGUUCUAUUUCAUGCCUUUGUUUCAUGUUUGCCAUCUAUACUCUGUUCAGAUACAGACAUCAAGUUUACAGGUACAGAAAUCUGUCAGAAAAUGCAAAUUUGGGAUUGAUUGAAGAGUUUACUUUGCGAUCAUUUUCUUACAAUGAGCUUGAGCAAGCAACAGAUGGCUUCAAGGAAGAGUUAGGUAAGGGCACUUUUGGGGUUGUUUACAAAGGAACUAUACCUGGAGGUAACAAAACUAUUGCUGUUAAAAGACUAGAGAGAUUCGUGGAAGAAGGGCACAGGGAAUUUCGAACUGAAAUUACAGCAAUUGCAAGAACUCAUCACAGAAACUUGGUUCGGUUGCUUGGAUUUUGUAUGGAGGGCUCUAGAAAACUUCUUGUUUAUGAAUACAUGAGCAAUGGCUCACUUGCAGAUCUACUCUUCAAGGCUAAGAUGCGCCCCAUUUGGAAAGAAAGAGUAAGAAUUGCACGGGAUGUGGCCAGAGGGAUUCUCUAUCUACACGAUGAGUGUGAAGUCCAUGUCAUCCACUGCAACAUAAAGCCCCAAAACAUACUUAUAGAUGAGACAUGGACUGCAAAGAUCUCUGAUUUUGGAUUGGCCAAGCUAUUACUGCCAAAUCAAUCAAAAACAGCUGUGGAGGCAGAGCGGACAGCUGGGUACUUCUACUUGGCACCUGAGUGGAAAAUGAACGCCUUGAUAUCAGUAAAAGCAGACAUAUACAGUUUUGGUAUUGUGCUUUUGGAGAUUGUAUGUUGCAGAAGCAGUAUAACAGUAAAUGUUCCAACGACAGAUAAGAUAAUUCUUUCUAGUUGGGUUUAUGAUUGCUUUAUGGCUGGAGAAUUGGAGAAGCUUGUUGAAGAUGAAAACAUGGACUUCAUGACUCUGGAAAGAAUGGUAAAAGUGGGGUUAUGGUGCAUCCAAGAAGAUCCAGUUUUGCGUCCUUUAAUGAAAAAUGUAAUCUUGAUGUUGGAAGGGACAAUGGAUGUUCCAGUCCCUCCAUCUCCAGUUGGUUCCCUCCUUGAUUCAUAA